AUGAUAAUUUCAGGACUUUUUUUAUUUCUUACGAUAGCCAACUUCUUUAUUUUGAAAAAAUAUUUUAAAAAAGUGAAAAUUCGGCAAAGCUCCUAUCAAUUUUUAAUCAUGUUUUUAACGAAUUACUUUUCCUUACUAUAUUUUGCAACCAUUGAUGAAUGACUGACUAGCUCUUUUAAAGCCUGUGGCAUGGAAGAAUUAAUUCCAAGUAUACUUAUUUCAAUUACAAGCUGAUUUACUUCAGCAAACCCUUCUUUCAGCAGCCAAAGUUUUUCACAUCCCUAUUAUAUCCUCUUUAUUGCAUAUAACUUUGGCUUUUCACUCGCUGUCUAUGCAACGAAAAAGCUUGGCAAUCACAAUUUGGCAAUUUUAUUAUGACUUUCACUGUGCGUCAUAAGCCUUCUUGCAGAUUUAUCUUGCAUUACUGACUCAUUAUUGAUAUCUAAUUCUUUAUUUUGGCUUAUUUUUGCAUUUUUAAAAUACAUUGUAGCUUCAUUAGCCAUCCAGUUCUUUCAUUUUUAUAAUUUUACAAUUAUGUAUCAAUGGCAUGAAUUUGGGAAAAAUUUUGAUGUAAAAUCAAAAACUAUUCUUUAUGGGCAUAAGCUUGGAAUAGUUAUGAUGCUAAUAAUUUAAAAUGAGAAUAGAGCUUAUACGCAUAUUAAUAGCAAUUAAGGAUAGCAAAAAUGCUGAAAUAAACUUUCUUAAACUAAUUGAAAUUUUAAUUGUCUUGCUAUCUUUCUUUAUUGCAACUAGCUGGACACUUGAAACUGUAGAAACUAUGUGACCAAAUAUUUGGAUUUUCAGAGAGGGCUAUUAUUUUUUAGUAUCAAGAAGUAUAGCGAGGCUCCUCAAAGAUUUUGACGGCAAAAUAUGAGACCGAAGAGAAUGUUGGCUCUCAUUUUGCAAUCAAAUAGGUAUAUAUACAUACCUAAAGAUUUUAUGCUUGAUUUAUACUUUGAAGAUUAAUUAA